AGGUAUGAUAAAUGAGUUUGCUGUUUGUCUUUGACUCGCUAGGUGAUAAUAAACUGAAGGUCUUUAUUUCUACCUGUAAGACAAAACAGGUCUUUGGGAAAUUUAGGAAAACCUUUUUUUUUGUGUCAUUUUUAAAGGACAAACAAUUCAUCGAGAAACUAAAUAUAGAAAUGUUGACCUACUGCUGGCACAAGAGAAAAAAGUCAGAGGAUCAACAAAGCCAAAAUGUCAAAGCAAACAGUUGUUGAUAUGUUUCAGUCUGCAUCAAAGUGGUGAACCGACCAACAGACAGAUUGUCACCCCUAGAGACGAAAACACUUUUUUUUUAAAGGAAUACAAUCAAUGUGCGUCAGCCUGCAGGUCAAGUUUAAACAAUAACAGCGCCCUCUGGAUCCGCUGGGGCUGUAACCUUUAGCUGUAACCUGAAGAUGGUUCCGAUGUUCAGUCCGCCGCUUCACAGGCAGAGACAUCAGUUUGUUAUCGAUUUUGUCAAGAGGAACAAACCCAAAAAGGUGUUGGACUUGGGGUGCAGUGAAUGCGUCCUUCUCAAAAAACUGAAGUUUCACCGUGAAAUUGAGCUUCUGGUUGGAGUGGACAUCGACGGGGUCAAAGUAAAAAAAAGAAAGAAUGGAUUAGCUCCUCUAUCGACUGAUUAUCUGCAGCCAAGUUAUGAUCAGCUGCGCAUUGACUUGUACCAGGGCUCAGUCACUCAAAAAGACGCGCGCCUUAAAGGAUUUGAUCUGGUCACCAGUAUAGAGCUCAUAGAGCACCUCACUCUUGCUGAUGUGGAGCUCUUCUCUGAGGUGGUGUUUGGUUACAUGACCCCAGUGGCGGUUAUCAUCAGUACCCCAAACUCUGACUUCAACCCCCUUCUGCCUGGACGGGUGGGUUUCAGGCACAGUGACCACAAGUUUGAGUGGAGCAGAGCAGAGUUCAAGUCCUGGGCUCUGAAGGUGUGUUUGAAGUACGGUUAUGAGGUGGAGCUCACUGGUGUUGGACAGGCACCACCCGGCCAGCAGGAGGGAGUCGGCUUCUGCUCCCAGAUUGGCGUGUUCCAGCGGCUUGGGGGGACAGAGUGUUGUGACAUGUUUGGUGAUGAGGCUGAGGAUGUCUUUUCAUACACACUGCUGUAUAGUAUAGACUACCCCAGCCUGCAUGACAACAACAUCUUGCGGAGAGUCCUGGUGAGCGAGGUGGUUUACUGGGCCGAAAAGCUGAAGAGAAGAUGGGUGGAGGAGAAGACUGGCGAGAGGGAUGGCGCUUAUAAACUGUGCCAGGCUGAAGGGGAAGGGGAAGAAUGCCUCAACGCGUCGGAGCAACACAUGGCGAUGGAAGAGAAACAGACAGCAUGUGGAGGAGAGAUGAACAAUCUGGUGGAGCUUCUGGAAGAACAGGAUGGAGAGCUGUUUAGGACAAACAGCCAAGGACUACAGGAGUCGGAGUCUUGCAAUUUGCGCAGGUUUGUGUCUGUACCUCUGGCUGUGCUGUGGUCCUGCUGCCCCAAAGUCAGGGCCCUGAGUGGAAGUCUCAGUAAUCUCAGAAACCUCUUGAUGGGUGGCCCCGAAGUUAAACUGAGCCAGGACGGCUCUGCUGUGCUCUUAAGUUACCAGGAACAAGACCUUGAAGAUGAGGAAAAGGGUCAUGAUGAUUUGGAGGACAGCGGAUAUGCAGAGGCCAAACUGUGCCCCCACAAUACUGGGCCAGAGGAAGACUGGGAGGAAAAUGUUUAAUCUGGAAGAUGCAGCUUUGUUUUCAGGACAAGUAGGAGACUUGUUGAGUGAACAAAUGGUUUCCCUUGGUUCUCUCUCUCUCUCUCUUCUACUGCACUGUAGAAACAGACUUUUGGGUUUAUUAGAUGGCUUGUUUGGACUGCAACCUUGUUAUAUGUAAAUAUCUAUUGGCCUCUAAAAUAGUAUACUCAAGGUCCAAAUGUAAAUGGUACAAUAAAACUCUAAAUGUUCA